CCACUUCCGCCUUUUGCUCGAACAGCGAUUGGCAUGUUUUUCUCAUGUAAUUUUGUAACAUAGAUUGUUAAUAGAAAUGUAUACCAACCUCUGUCAACUCUCACUUAGUUCUACUCCAAUAAUUUCUUUUCAGCACGCGAAAUGCUUGGGUAUGUGACUCGUGAAAAGCUUUCACAUACUUGCCAAAGUCUUUCUUCGACCCGCUUACUCAGCAAAUCACUUCGCUGACCUCUUGCAACACUAUUGCAGAAAAUGGGAGAGGAACCUAGUGGCGAAGGAGCGCAAAUUUAUGAUAAAAGAAAUUAAAACAAGCAAGAGAAAAUGCAUUUUCCUUCGGAAGUUAGCGAGAGUAUGCAUGCCUUCAUGCUAACACGUUUUGUGUUAGCACGUGGAGUCUCCUGAUACUCCAGUUGAGUAUAUUAAGGAUUGUCUUCUUUGAUACAUUCAUCAAGUGUGACUCUAAUCGGCGGUGCUUUAGUUCAAAUUUUCAGCUUAUUUUAUUGCAACGAUAUGCUCUCGAGCCCAAAAUCUCCACAAAGCCAGAGGUCUUUGGAUACGGAGGAAGUAUUCGAGCGGUUUAAAUCCUACCUAGAUCAAAAGGUCGAAAGCCUUGCAUCAAGUUUAGUCUCCCAAACAAGUAGCGGAACUCAGAAGUUAGAAAGAGCGGCUGAAGCGGGAAAGUUGAAAUUUCAAGGCAACAAGGACCAGUUCCUUUUUAAUUCUGAACUGCAAGGGACUCUGGACGAUAGCGCCCAUUUCCUGGCUGCGCGGGACGUCGAGAAAGCCGGCGAGAAGGUGGAAGAACUGCAGAAAAGUCUACGCCAUCGUCAAAAUAUAAUCAAACUUGCUCGUAAGAGCGAGGCCGGUUGGCUGGCUGUUAAAGAAUACCAAACCGAGGAGCUCGCAAACGACUCAGAGGACGAGAAGAGGAUCGAAAAAUCGCAAGAAAGAGCUCUAAAGCAGAAGAAACAAAAUGCCUUCAAAAGAACCGAGGAAGCCAGGAAUUCGUCUAACGCUCCAAGUUCUCGCUCUUGCGACGAUAUGAGACUUUUUCGAGGUAUGCUCAUUGCCCUUUCUCUGAUUUUCAGCGUGGCAGGCAAGUGCUCUCACUCUGCCUGCCUUAUAGUUUGUGUCUAUUUGUAUGCGUCAGCGUUCUGGAGAAGGAAAAUAUUUUUCCUGCGGACGAACGUAGUGAGGGAGUAG